UUCAGGAAGCAGCGAAUCAUAUUGGUACACUGCGCAGGGCGGUGACAGCAAAAUUCCCACAGUGGACGAUCGUCAGGAGUUUCUUGAAGCUCUCAAGGCAUUGGAUGUGCUUGGCUUCAAUCAGGAGAAACAAAGAGACAUCUUCCGUGUACUGAAGUGCAUUUUGCUUCUCGGCAACAUCCAGUUUAACCCGAACGGUGACGGAUCCACUAUAGCUGUAAUUCGAAUCUAUUUUUUUAGUCUGAGAAAAAAUGAGGGUUAUUCCAGUCCAUGA